AUGGCAUCACAUAACACACUACCUGCUAAGGCCAUCAUCCUCAGCUCACGGCUACCCGUCUACACUGACGACGACGACGACGCGGCGUUCGAAGCAUGGCUGCGGGAGCAGGAGCGGGAGGAGACGGGAGGGGGUAGCGGAAAAGGCGGUAAGACGGCUAAAACAGGAAAAUUAGAUGCAAAAUCAAGCGAGAAAAGAGGCGGUGGUAAGGGAAAGGAGAGGCGAUCAGAGACGGGGAAAGAAGACCCCUCCGCGUCUGCGCGAGCAGCAGCGGGGGGAAAGCGGGAUGGCGCUGUGGCGGCCGCGGGGAAGGGUGAGGAGGCGGGGGGGAGCGGAAGUGCGGGGAAGGAUGGGGGGAAGACGGGGAGAGGUGGAAAAGAGGCGAUGGAGGGGGUGGAGGUGGGAGAGGAGCAAGGGGGGGAUGAGGAGGCAGCUAAGGUGGCUGCUGACGUGUCAGUGGAGGAGGCUGAGGGGGAUGCUGACGUGUCAGGGGAGGAAGCUGAGGUGGCUGCGGAGGUCGAUGAUGACGUGUGCGAGGUGUGCGGGGGUGACGGCGAGUUGCUGAUGUGUGACGCGUGCCCUGCUGUGUACCAUCUGCACUGCCUGCACCCGCCGCUCUCCCGCGUGCCUGAAGGAGCUUGGUUUUGCCCCAAAUGCGGCCAUGACUGGUCAGCAGCGGAGCGGUUUUUGGGCGUGAGAGAGGUGGAGCAGCGAGGCGAGGACAAGUCCCACAUCCACUGCACCUGGGUGGCAGCUGCAACAGUGGAUGCAGCGGCAAAGAGCUUGCCGGGACUUAAAGCCCGGAUGAGGUACUACCUGCGACAGCGGGCAGAAGCAGCAGCACAGAGCGCGCUGUAUGGGGAUGGGGAGGAAGACCCGGAGGAGAGUGGAGCGGUGCCGGUGCUGCGACCUGAUUGGCUGGUUGUGGAGCGCAUCGUGAAUGCCAAGAAGAACCGCAAGGGGCAGCAGGAGUACCUAGUUAAGUGGCGGGAGUUGGGGUACGAAGAGGCCACCUGGGAGACAGAGGAGGAUAUGCGGAGCAAAGGAAGAGGGCCGGCCAGUGGCACGGAGCAAGUGCCACAGGAGGGGCUGAAUGAUGGGGCAAAGGAUGGGGCGAAGGAUGGGAAGAAGGCUGCGGAUGAGGGAAAGAAAGGAUCAGGAGGAGAUGGGAAAGGGAAGAAGGGUAUGAAAAAAGGAGGCUGGGAAGAGAGUGGUGCAGCAGUUGUAGAGGGUUUCGAGGAGGCUGUUAAGGAGUAUGAGGAGAUGAUGGCGAGAGGACCCAAGGCAUCGACUCGCAAGCUGUCUUUUGAGUCGACUCACAAGCUGUCUUUUGAGUCGACUCACAAGCUGUCUUCUAAGUCUACUCGCAAGCUGUCUUCUGGGUCGACUUAA